AUGGGCGAUUUAAAAAAAGAUGAGUUACAUAACAAUUAAAUUAGUGAUAAAGGUGCAUCAGGCUUAGGUUCUGGUUUAACAAAUUGCAUUAAUCUCUCAAAUUUGACACUUGAACUUUAUGAGAAUGAAAUUGGUGCAAAGGGUGCAUCAGGCUUAGGUUCUGGUAUAGCAAAUUGCAUUAAUCUCUCAAAUUUGAAUCUUGAUCUUGGUGAGAAUGAAAUUGGUGAUAAAGGUGCAUCAGGCUUAGGUUCUGGUUUAGCAAAUUGCAUUAAUCUCUCUAAUUUGAUGCUUAACCUUAGAAGAAAUUAAAUUGGUGAUGAAGGUGCAUCAGGCUUAGGUUCUGGUUUAGCAAAUUGCAUUAAUCUCUCAAAUUUAACACUUAACAUUUAUGAGAAUUAAAUUGUUGCAAAGGGUGCAUCAGGCUUAGGUUCUGGUAUAGCAAAUUGCUUUAAUCUCUCAAAUUUGACACUUAACCUUAGUAAGAAUUAAAUUGGUGAUGUAGGUGCAUCAGGCUUAGGUUCUGGUUUAGUAAAUUGCAUUAAUCUCUCAAAUUUGACACUUGAACUUCGAAGAAAUUAAAUUGGUGAUGAAGGUGUAUCAGGCUUAUGUUCUGGUUUAGCAAAUUGCAUUAAUCUCUCAAAUUUGACACUUGAUCUUGGUUACAAUAAAAUUGGUGAAAUGGGUGCAUCAGGCUUAGGUUCUGGUUUAGUAAAUUGCAUUAAUCUCUCAAAUUUGACACUUGAACUUCGUGAGAAUGAAAUUGGUGAUGAAGGUGCAUCAGGUUUAGGUUCUGGUUUAGCAAAUUGCAUUAAUCUCUCAAAUUUGAUGCUUAACCUUAGUGAGAAUGAAAUUGGUGAUAAAGGUGCAUCAGGCUUAGGUUCUGGUUUAGCAAAUUGCAUUAAUCUCUCAAAUUUGAUGCUUAACCUUAGAAGAAAUUAAAUUGGUGAUGAAGGUGCAUCAGGCUUAGGUUCUGGUAUAGCAAAUUGCAUUAAUCUCUCAAAUUUGACACUUGACCUUUAUUACAAUAAAAUUGGUGAUAAAGGUGCAUCAGGCUUAAGUUCUGGUUUAGCAAAUUGCAUUAAUCUCUCACUUUGUCUUGGGUAUAAUUAAAUUGGCGAUGAAGGUGCUUCAGGCUUAGGUUCUGGUUUAGCAAAUUGCAUUAAUCUCUCAAAUUUGACGCUUGAUCUUGGUGAGAAUGAAAUUGGUGAAGAAGGUGCAUCAGGCUUAUGUUCAGGUUUAACAAAUUGCAUUAAUCUCUCAAAUUUGAUACUUAACCUUAGCUCAAUGAAUUAAUCAUAACAAUUCAAAUUAAUAAGCAAGUGUCUUAAAUCAAAAAGAUUAGUUGUCUUUAAAAAAUAUUUCUAGUGA